AUGGCAGGAGCAAACGAUUCAGAUGAUCCAUGGGCGGUUCCAGAAGGUCAUCUGAAAAGCCAUCGAGAUGUUGUUGACAGGACAAAAGCCUUAUCAUUGAAUGAUAAAUCCAAGGUAAGCUGUGGUGACAGUAACAAUGAGCGGCAGUUGUUCGGAGGUUUUUCAGUGCCGAAAGUUUGUGGUGAAAACGUAUUUGGUGGUAAUUUAAAUUUACGAAGUGACUCGCCAGACGGAAGAAAAAAUCGUGAAAGAGUGGUUGAUGGCAGUUAUAGCAGCAAUAGUCAAGGAAUGCCAUUUAAUUCUUUCCAGACAAAGAAUUCAUUUGGAAGUUCAUCGCAGCGUGGAUUUGGAAGUACAUUUGGUGGUGGACUUCGCUCAACAAAACCGACUGAUCCAUCUAGUGGCGACAGAAGUUUUACAUUCCGAGCAACUACUCCGGGAUUUGAUACAGGCAGCAGUUUUUCUAAACGUAAUCUGCUUGUAAUGAAUUCGAAUCAGGCAAGCAGCAUGGGUCAAUUUACUGCACCAGCUAGCACUAUUAAUUUAUCGAAUUCCUCUGUCUCAUCGCAGUUCAACAGUAGUAAUGAACGAUGGGCAACAGACGGAAUAGACCGGAAGGUGAAGGAGAUUCAGAGUUAG